CUGUACCCACACUCCUAAGUUUAACUUUACAAUAUUGCUCGAUUUCAUUACCUGUAAUAACUUCUUAUUCAGGCUAUUUUCAGUGAUUGGGGGAAUUAAUUUGUCCUCUGAGAUGCAGCCCUAAAUGCACAUGAGCAGGUGCACAGGCGACAUACACCCUCAGCCUUCCUAUUCACUCUGAGUAGGAAGGAACUGUGGAAAUACAAUUCCUGCGUCCAGAUCACUGCUGCACACACACUCUCGAACAUUCUGGUGUGGCUGUCUGAUUCUAAAAAUAGUGUUUGUACCCAGACAGGUGACCUGAAAAACACAUGGCCUCCGUUUCACAGGACGUCAUAGCUGUGGACUCUUAAAUAACUCCUGGCAUCAAAGUUAAAAAUAAUCGCUUUGCCCUGAUAGCCUUCACUCACUUGCAGGAAUGUUUUUACUUACCGGUUGGCUCUUGCUCUGUUCACGAGACACUCACGUGGAAUGUGCCUACUUACAUUUUUCAACCCCCUUAUUUAUUCCAACCUCACUGCUGUAUGAUCAGAGGCUGUGAAGCUGCAGCUGUCAGGAUUAGUUCUCUGUGAAGACUCGCUGCCAGUGUGUACAGUAGUAAACUGCGUGCUUUGGUGCUCGCCUUUCAGGCACCAUCAGAGGUCUCAUCAGCAAAGCAAAAGUUGUGGAUGAUACUUUUUAACCGUCUAGAAACUCAGCUAACUCAUAUAUAUAGUUUUCAAGAAAUGAUCAAGAAAGCAUCAAUAUAUAGCCAUCCCUUAGUUCAUCGCUUAAUGGAUCUCAAAGCUCAAAAAGAGAACAGAGAAGCCGAUGAUGACAGGAAAGUGGUUGCAGAGAUCAUGCAGAGGUGUUUUGUUCCAACUUUAGUAACAGCCAUCUCCUGGGAGGGAUUUCAUUUCGUUGGUCAUGAGAUUCGGAUUACUGAAGCCAUGGAUUGUUACGGUGCUGUUGUUUGGCCAUCGGCCCUUGUUCUAUACUAUUUUCUGGAAACAAAUGUAAAGCAGUAUAACAUGGUUGACAAAAAUGUGAUUGAAAUUGGAGCUGGAACAGGGUUAGUCUCCAUCGUGGCAAGUUUACUUGGUGCACACGUGACUGCCACAGAUUUACCUGAGUUACUUGGAAACCUGCAAUAUAAUAUUUCCCAAAACACCAAAAUGAAAUGUAAGCAUUUGCCUCAGGUUAAAGAGCUCUCCUGGGGUGUAGCUUUAGACAAGAACUUUCCCAAGGCUUCCAGCAACUUUGACUACAUCCUGGCGGCCGAUGUUGUCUAUGCUCAUCCAUUUCUGGAAGAACUCCUCAUUACUUUUGACCAUCUGUGCAAAGAAACCACCGUCAUCCUCUGGGUCAUGAAAUUCAGGUUGGAGAAGGAAAAUAAAUUUGUAGAUAGAUUUAAGGAGUUGUUUAACCUGGAGGAGAUUUCCAGUUUCCCUAGCCUGAAUAUUAAGUUGUAUAAAGCUAUGAAGAAAAAUUGGAGGAGUGCAUGAUAUCCUCAGAGGAGGACUUGGAAAGGGAAGGCAAUUUCUAGUGAUUAUUAUUGCUUUAACAAAAAACCUGGAUGAUCUCAUAUAGCUGACUUUCCCAAGGGGACACACACACACACACACACACACACACACACACACACACACACACACGCACGUGCACGUGCACGUGCACGUGCACCUUGCCCCAGACAGGGAUUUUCCCAGAUAUAGCACACAGGUGUAUAGGAUGGCAAAGCCAUUCUGUGUGGUAAUUGGUUAGGACAAUGUCUGCUUUCCUUAUCUUUCUAUAGUACUAUUUAUAAUUAUUAUCAUCUUAAUAAAUGGUGCAAUUAUUGUUAAUGUAUAACUGUAGAAUGAUGGUUUUUAAUAAUAGUAUGUCUAAAAUGUUUUAAACAUAAGCUUAUGUGAUUCUCUCUUUAGAAAUAAUGAAAUGGACUAUAGUGGGCUCUACAAAUAAAUCUGACUAGGCAGACAGAGAAGGUAAUGGUCAAUGUUAGAUUAUUGUGGCUUCAUUAGUGCCAGCUUAUUGGUGGUCUGUCUUCUCUGCUUGGCAGGGUGGGUCUCCAGCACACCCUCUGAAAUCAGUCAAGCUGGUGGAUUCGAGGUUACAGGCAAGGACAUUUCACUCCAGUAAAUGAAAAAUGAAUGGAAGAAAACAUAAAAUCAGUUGAGAUUUUGGAGGAGCCAUUGUUUUAUUUUUAGGCCAAGUACAGUUAUUCUGCAUCACAGAAAGAGAAAUAAAUAUAAAAACUUUUCGUGUGUAUAAAAAUACACAUGAAAAGAUUUCAGUCUCUAAUCUCAAAUAACCAGACAUAUGGCUGGUUUUAAAGUUUAAAGCUCUUCUGAUAAACAUAUAGAGACCUAGAUAUUUGAAAUCCUAUGUGCUUUUUUUUUUUUCACAAGGACCUUAGAGAUUAGAAUAAAGUCUGAAGUAAGUAAAGUUAGUGCAAGAAGAGCAAAAUAUUAGGAUUUUGUACCACAUAAGAAGACUAGCGGUUGGUAACUCUUCCGGGUUCUCGGUGAUGUUGGCUAGGCAGGCUCUGUGCCCUCGGGGUGGUCCUUGCCCAGCCCUUUCUGCUUUGCUGGAAGUUCUCAGUCUACUCAGGGUUGAACAGAGCUGAAAAGUUUAUUUCCUAGGACUCUGACCUUAAGCCAGGAUGCAAAUGUACUCUCAGUGGGUUUUUUGGUAUGCACGGUUCCUGGGGUCAUCUCUCAAUAAUUACCAGUAUUUAUAUGCCCCUUUAUAGUUUUCACAGCCUGCUGUGUACAUAAAGUCAACUAAUCCUCACAACCAUUCUAAGAGUCUAUGUAAUAUCAGUAUCCCCACUGCACAGGUAAAGGAGCCGAAGCCACCAGGGGUGGAGCCACACAGCUGCAGAGUGGCAGCGCUAGGCACUCAGGCCCAGGUCUGAGUCCAGAGCCCGUGUUUUUUUUUUUUUUUAACCAUUGCUCUGCCUUUAUGUAUUUAAAACAGUAAUUUUCCAACUCUUUUGUAAGUGAGUGAAGUCAUUUCUUUCAAGUGAAAUCAGUACCUGGAAAGGUAAGCAAAUGCAUCAGGAGAAGAUGAGAAUCUUUUUCUCUGGUGUCAGGGAGGCUCAUUUAGAAGGUGACAUUUAAGCAAAGCUGGAAGGAGGUGAGGGAAGCAGCAGUGCAGGUAUCUGGGGAGGUGUGUCCCAGGCAGAAGGAACAUCUCUGCCAGGACCUUAAAGCCGGAGCCCACCGGUCCUCAGGAGGAAACAUCGGAGGCCAGUGAGCUCGGAGCAGGGCGAGCGGGGAGGCUAGGAAGCUUCAGUAUCGGCGGCGGGACGGGGCCUUCGUGGCAGGCUGGGUUCUCCGGAAGCAGGCCAGGAGGCGGCAUUUGAUGUGCAGGCCAUUUUUAGGGAGUGUCGUGGGGAUCAAGACCUGUGGAAGGGGCAGAAGGAAGCGGGGCAAGGUGGAGCUGCCGUGCACGGCCUCAGCCGACCCACCCCCAUGGGGCUGUGGACCUGGGGGCGGGGAUGGGGGGCGCUGAGACUGCUGAGCCUUGAUAACCCGUGUCGCACAGUCACUGGACGCAAGUGGCCCGGGAAGGCUGUGACCUUGGGCGAGGUGACUUACGCCGGGGGGUCGGGUGAGGCGAUGCCCGCGGACGUUGACAGCCCAGGGCCGCCGGCCAGCAGCGCUGCCCGCGUGGAGGCGAUGAGUCCUCCUGAGGGGUCUGAGCAGCACAUCAGGGCAGCCGCAACCUCAAGGCCAUUGCGAGGACCUUGGCUCUUCCUCCGGUGAAGCGGAGGAUCGCGGGAUGGUUUGGAGUGGAGGAGUGAAGCAGUUAUCCCUCCGUGUAAGGACCACUCCGGCUGAUGUUCCUAGGAUACUACGCAGGGCGGAGGGACCAGCGGGGAGGCUGUGGUGGGGAUGGCAGCCCGGGCCCCCGCGGGGACUGUGCCCGGAGGUGGCGAGAAGGGGUCAUUUCUAGAAGAGUCUGGAAGCUAAUGCCCACCGACCUUCUCUCCAUGUUGAGUAUGAGUGUGAGGCUGACUCGGGAGUGUUUGGUCCGAGCUGCUGGACAUCACAGAACAAAGAACAUCAGAGUCAUCGGCAGAGAGGUCGUUUGCACAGCUCACGCGGGGAGCAGAAGAGUGAACAGGAGCUGGAACGAGGACUGAGCCCCCAGGUGGCCGCGCUGAGGUCAGACACAGCUAGACCCGAGGUAUGUUUUCGAGGCUCUGCCCUCCUUCCCCCAAAUUAUAUUCGGGUCUGUUGACUCUGAAAGAAUUUACUGCCACUGUGGUUUUUGAGCUGGCCAGCAGAGUCUCAAGGUUCCGAGAAGCUGCCUCAGAGGCUUCUAGGAGGGUUUUAGGUGAAACAGCAUGAAUCUUGGGGUAACAAAUGAAAAAAAUGGCUCCUCUGCUAAAAAAAGUUUGUAUAUCACUACUAAGCUAUUUUUAGUUAGACUAAAGUGUCCUUCUUUCAAAGACUGUGUUAGAACCAAGCCAGCCGUGUGGUUCUUAACAGUUCCUCUUUCUCCAGGUGUCAGUCUGUCAAACACAGUGCUCAACACCCAUUGUUUUAUUCUGUUUUAUAGCAUUCCCUUGCAAAUUGGAGCACCCACCCACAUACCCUGUGUCUCUCCUGCUUCACUCCAUUCUGCGUGUUUGUCUACUUUUAUCUUUGUGCUAUCUUUUCUCCACACUUUUCUAGAUUCAAUUUUACAAUAAUUGAAUUCCAAAAGAUGUAAUUUGAGUAGCUUUUUUCUAUCUUACAGUUUUUUUUUUUUAAUGGCUAGGAAUUGAUGUGUUAACUUUAACCCAAGAGAAUUUACUGUGAAUUUUGCCUUUGCUCCCCUUCCUUCCUCCCUCCUUCCCUCCCUCCCUCUCUCUCUCUCUUUCUUUCUUUCUGUCUUUCAUUCUGACAGGUUAAACUAUGCUACUGAAAACCUUAGUCUAUUUCUUGCAGUAACUUUCUGGGUUUCUAAUAGAGUAACAAUACUGACUGUCAAGGUUUUAAUAGAGGUUAUCACAGAAUCAUUAUUGCUUCACAGCAGACAUACCAACUUGCUGGCAAUACUCUGCAGCUUAAAAUUUCUGUUAUAUGCAUGUAAACACGAGAGUUUUUGUGCCCCAGGCCAUAUCCGCUGACUUUAGGAAACUAAAUACUGUACUCAAAUCUUCUGUCUUAGAAUUUACUGAUCUAUCCUAUUUCAUUUGUACCAAUUUUUGUCUACCAGAAUGUUAAAACAUUGGUUUUCAUGCCAGAUUAAUAUUUGGUUCUCUUUUUGGAUAAAGAAUCAUGGCAUUGGGUGACUUCCUAAGAGAUUUGGAGCCAUAGAAUAAAGAAAGAAGAUGAGGAAACAUAACAGAAUGGAAUGUUCCUUUUUUUUUCCUUUAAAUCCUCAGAUUCCAGCAGCUUGGUGUUCUCUGUGAAUGCCUGGUCUUUGUACACAGAGAUCACGUCCAACUUGCUUUAAGCAUUGCUGUUGGCAUGAGAGCAGAUAAGUAAUUUCUGAAUAUCCUUUGGUAGUAAAACAUAUCCACUGGGUAGGAUUUUGAUACAAGAAAAUAUUUACAUGUACUAAUUUUGAAAACAAUCUUGGGACCUUGGGCUCUAGAAAUAAAAGGAUUAAAGUCAAAUUAAGUAGAUCAGAUAAGUAAGCUUAGUGAUAAGUUUAGAAGAAAGUUAAUUAUACUGUGCCUCUUUUCUCAAUUCCACUUUAACUUAAUUUUCAUGGAAAUCUACACGUGAAGGAAGUAAAAAAAUUGUCAAAUAUGUACAUUUUUUCCACCAAAUUAUAAGGCAGUACUAAAUAAGAUUGGGAAUGCAGCAGGUAAAUCCUUUCACAAAACGUAGGGGAUACGGGCAAAGCGAAAUUGAAAAAUCAUAGAUAUUUGGUGGUGUGUUUGUGUGUGGACCUAAUUCUUCAUGUCUGCUUUAUGGAGUCUGGAAAUAGUUCACAAAUGAUUUCCACAUCCAGGUUUUGGCAUUUUUGAGUUUGUGAUGUGAAAUUAAGUCUAGAAUAUUUACCUGCAAGCCCAAUUUCAGUAUGUGCUCUGCUUCCAAGUUUCACACAUAAUCAAAGACAGUGUUCUGUAUAAUUGCAUGGUUGUAUUAAUGGGACAGUUGUGUCUUAGGUGGCCUUAGGUAGCAUCAAUUAGUUCUGUGGUCAUACUAACUCCUUUUACUAAGAGUUUCUGGCCUGGACAUGAGUAUUUACUCGGAUUGCGUAAUAUGUUGUAGUUAGAUUGCUGGGCACACACCAUUGACUGCCUGUGCUAUUGAACUAACCUUUGGCCUCUAUCAUCAACAGUGCUUAUACUGGGAAAGCUUGAAGACAGGAGUUUUUCCUCUCACUUCUCUCAGUUUCUUUGUUUCUGAGGCAAUUGUCUUUCCUUGAAAUCCAAUCAAGUUUUAGAAUUGGCACUCAACCAUCAAGGAAUUUAAAAGCAUCACUAAAAAUGAAAACAGAUGUCCAGGUCAAUUUUUCGAUAAAUGGCAUUAACAGAAAAAAAAAAAUAGGAAAAUAUUGGCUAUCUGCUGCUAAUUACUAACACUUUAGCAUACCAAAAUGUAUUGUUAGAUUUUCUAAACAAAAGCACAAACUGACUAAAACUAAAAUAAGGCAUAUAAAAGUACUUUAAUGGCUAGGCAUUAUUUUAUAAUGCCACAAAUACAGGACACAAGGCAUCUGAAAUUUUUUUAUUUGGUAAUGCUAGAUUUUGUAGCUUAGGCUUUUGAAAAUUUCCAUAUUUUCAUUGUCCACAGUCUGUAUGUCUAUACUCUUCUUUGUUUUGAUUUUAAAUUAUCAGUUACCCCUUACCUUCAGUGGAUUGUGUGUGUGUGUGUGUGUGUGUGUGUGUGUGUGUGUGUGUGGUGAUUUAAUUUGGGUUUUCUUAUCUGAUGCCAUGGUUUAAUUUGGGUUUCUUAUCUCUUUCUGUGUUUCCUUUGUUGGAAGAGUAUAAAUCAUAAUGGUAAAGGUUUUCUCUUUGUCCCAAACCAUCAUAAAUAAGCCCAAAGAACAGGCCAUAAAAAUGUAAGAAAUUCUUAGAUUAACAAACAUGAGUAACGUUUUUUACCCACCUGGUGUUCAGAGGUAAAAGUACAGUUUGCAACUAGUAAAUUAUUAACACUUUUCUACCAAGGAUUUCCUUCUUCCUUAGGAUCUCUGUGAUUAAUAUGUCGUCAGUUUAAGAAUGAGAAGGGUGUCAAACAUGAUAAACAUAUUUUAUAAUCAUGUAUUCAAAAGAGGAAUAAUUCUAAUAUGAUUAUAAUUAGUUGGAAUAAUUAUACAAUUAUUCUAAUAAAUAUAUAUAAUAAGAAUGUGCAGCAUUCUUGGGGUGGGGGGAGCAAAGUGCUAGAGCGGCUGGGAACAGAUUUCAUAUUUUUUUGAAGGUAAUUCAAGGAGACUUAAAGGCAAUUAUAAGAAUGCAAAAUAACUAAUGUAAAUACCUUUUACUUUCUUGAUAUUUUAUUUUUCUUCUCUAGGUAGCCAUCUAAUGGCUGUCAUUCAUUCAUUCAGUAUUUACUGAAACCCCAAGCAGGGGCUGUAGACACACAGUGAACAAGGUGGAUGGGGCAGUCCUCCUGGAGGCUUCAAGUUCAGUGCAAAUGGGCAGAUGCAGCAAAGUCAAUGCAUGGAGGGGGAGACAGACAUGUUUUCAGUGCAGUGUCAGGUGUGGUGAUAGGAGGGGAACUAAUCCACAACCAGGGCGUCAGUGAAGACUUCCUGGAGAAAUAACCUGUAGCUGGGAAAGGAGAUGGAGACAGGGGCGCUUUCUGGGAAGCCGAGAGUAACCCCCUUGAACCACUCUCUGGAAAAAUUGUAGCUUCUAAUAAUCCUUGCUGAAACAACUCCAUUUACGGAAUACUCACAGCUUUGGUCUCUGUUUUAGAUAUUUUACAUAGAGCUCACUGAAUACUUCUAAUACCCUGGAGGUAUUAGCCCAUUUUACACAUGAAGAAACUGAGGCUCAGUGGGGGUGAGCAGCUUCUCUGAUGUGUGUCCGGUUGGGAUGGGAACCUUGGUCUCUAAGGCACCAAAGCUUCUGCUCUUUUCGAGAACUGCCCUGUGUCCAUUUUCCACUCUGAACCUUGCAAUUUGACUUUUAUUCUAGCUAAUUCGGAGCAAUUCACUAAUUGCUCUGAAUUUAGUGAAUGCUGUCUUUAUUUGUACAAAUUAGCGUAAGUGGGAUACUAUUGCUAUGUAUCUGCAUUGUGAACAGUAAAUCACUAGGAGAAUGAGUGUAUAAGCAAAGAUUUAAAUAAAAUUUUCUUUGCAAAAAAAAGAAAUCGGACAAAGAUUAAUUUAAAGAUAUGUAGUGAUCUUAAAACAGCUCAGGCCGAAGGAGGUGAAGGCAGAGGAUUCCCUCAGGUGACUCCUCAGCGGGAAAGGCCAAGGGGGCGGGGCUGAACUUUAGAACUUCAUCCGAUCUGUCAGUGACGCGGCUGUUUACAGGGCUGUUCCUAGGGGGGAAGGCUCACUCUGCAUCAGCACGGAGCUAAGCCGCGGGGUGAGGGGAGCAUCCCAGUCCAGGAAACCACCUUUUCAGCAAUCUUCCCAGGCGAAGGCAGAACUGACUCAGGCAGCGUGGCCUUCUGCAGCCCCAGCAGAGGGCACCGGGGCUGUGCCGGGGAGACUGGAAGGACACCAGAGUACUUGGCUAAGUGGAAACGGCCAAGGGCGUCCAUCAGCCUGAGGUUUAUCCGUUGACAGGCCCCGCUGUUCCGGGAGGGCGAUACUGAUACUGCUGAGUAAGCCUCACACCCUAGCGAGAGGCCUGGACCACUGACGGAGUGUUAGGCGAUGCGGGCGGGGCCGGGCCGGUGCCUGCUGCCGUGACGCCAGCACAGGGCAGCUGUCAGGGGCUGUCCCUGAGGGCCCCGCUCAGAGGACCCUGGCCAUUGCCGCUGGAUGGCGAUGCGAGCCAGACCACAGAAUGUUCCAGAAAACAGAGAAGGAUGUAUGUAAACUUCCGGCGGGACUUGGCUACCCGGGGCAGUGACAACUUCCAGGGCGGGAUGGUAGGGAGGAAACUCUAUAGAGAGAAAACCUCAAGAUUACUGAGGAAAAGGAAUCGCAGGAUAAGUUUCUCUCUUUCUUUAUUACGUAUAUUCCUGUGUGCACUGACCAGCAGACACCGAAGCCCGCUGACCGACCUCUCUACUCAGCAAGUGCCUGAACGUGGAGUCUGAUAGGUGCAAGAAGUGGAAGCCAGCAUCUGAGGACAUGUCAGCUCGAAUGCCCAUAAAAUCCACUUCAGAUAAAAAGCGUGCAUUGAUUCUAUCUUUUGCUUCUACCAACUAGGUGAAAGGCUAGGGAUUUGGAUACCAUUCCCUCAAAACUCGGGGAAUUAAAUCCGAGUCUGAAAUUACCAAACAUUGCCACUGGGAGGCCCCAGUGAUCUGUAAAAUGAACUUCCCUAUCUGAAUAAAUAAGUGAAAAUAAAAGAAAUGAUUUAAACAAGUGAAUUGAAUUAUGAAAGAUUAUAUGCAAAUGGACCCAAAGCGGUAAGGGGUAAAUACAGCACAGUAAAAUGUGAUAAAUACGUGGUGCCGUCUGCCUUCAUUAGGGAUUGUUUAAAUUCCACCCCCGCCUCAGCGCUGUGCACACGAAAGGAAAUAAAGUCUCCCAGAAAAGGGAAAACAAGGGCUGGUUUCCAGUUAUUUGAACACUAUACGCGUGCUCCUGGCUGCAUGUGUGUGUGUUUGUGUACGUGUGUGAGGGGGAGGGGAGGAGAGGAGAG